AUGGAUAGUACCACGCAGCCAGAGAUCCAGCUCGACAGGCUGCUAUACACCCAGUACCAACAUCACAAUCUCGAGCAGGCAAAUCGGUUCUUCAUCGACUUUGGCUUCAAGCCCGUGAAACAGAGUGCCAAUCUCAUAUUCUAUCGUGGCUUCGGCAAGCACCCUUUCAUCUAUGUCGCCGAGAGGUCGCCAGACAAUGUGAAGCGUUUUGUGGGUGGCGGCUGGCUUGUUUCGUCGAAAAAAGACCUAGAAGUCGCUUCGCAACUCCCUGGAGCUUCAUAUAUUGAGGAUUCAACAGCGCCUGGAGGAGGUCAAUUCGUGGAUGUCAAGGAUCCCAAUGGCAUCAAUGUGCGACUUCUCUUCGGUGUUACUCUCAGGGCAGAGGACGAACAAAAGGAGGAGGAACCAAAGCCAGUGGUAAUGAAUAAUCGGAACGAGAAGCCAAGAAAGCGAGAGUUUCAACGGUUCGACAACGGCCCAAGCAGAGUUCACAAGCUGGGCCAUUACGGUCUGGUUGUGGAUAGAUCCCAAUUCGAAACCACUGUGGCCUGGUACCUUUCCACCUUCAACCUAACUGAGACAGAUUCUCUUUUCGACAAGGCGUCCGGAAAGGACAUGAUGACUUUCAUGCAUAUUGAUAAGGGGAAGGAGUUCACCGACCACCACAGUUUCUUCAUUCAAUCACCGCCAGAGCCAGUGAAAAACUGCCGGCCCCAUCAUUCCAGCUUUGAGGUCGACAAUAUGGACUCGCAGACUAUGGGCCACUAUCAUCUUCAAGGUCAAGGAUGGACAAACUGCUGGGGCAUCGGCAGACAUCUCUUAGGCAGCCAAAUAUUUGAUUACUGGUUCGACCCUUCUGGAAACAUUGUCAAGCAUUAUUCUGAUGGAGAUAUCGUCAACUGUGAAACGACGGUCCCCAAGGAACCAGCAGCACCAGACACCAUGGCAGUAUGGGGCCCAAAUGUCACGCUUGCCUUCCUGACGACGCGCAUGGAGGAUAUCAAGAAGGGUGUUGCGGCCUCCGCCGUUGAGCAGGAUGCCGUUGCAAGCUGA